AUGCCUCUCAAGGUGAAAGUAGUUUCGAAAUCGUCAAAUUCUUCAACAAAAAGUCAUGCAAACAGUCCAACACGUCCACCAAAUAACAGGCUUCUAGAAACACACAAACAACGUGUUACCGCUGCAAUGAGUGAUUGGGUGUGUAUGAAUGUUCCUCCUAUCAGUAUAGUCGAAGAUAUUGGAUUAAAGAAUCUGAUUGAUGAAUGUAUCCAAAUAGAUAUGAUUUGUUUAUAUUUUACAUCGAUCUCUAUUAUUCUUUUCGCUUCUCUAGGUUUUAUAUGUGGUCCAGUAUCCGCUGAUUCAGUUUUAUAUUGUCGCAAGACAAUUUCAAAAGAAAUCAAACAAACAGCUAGUAGUCGUCGGAACGAAAUGAAAGAGAUAUUGAUCACAGCUGCUCGACAACGUCGCCUUAUACUGUCACCUGAUCUUUGGUCUGAUGAAUAUAAAAAAACAUCUUAUUUAGGUUGCAUGGCGCAUUGGGUCGAUCAUUUAUGGGCGUUUAAAUCUUUUGAAUUGUUUUGUUUACCAUAUAGACAAUCAAAUAAAAAAGCUCCAAGUGUACUGAAAGCAUUAGAAGAAGGUUUAUCUCUUUACGAUUUAAAUCCAUUCAUGUUCGAUAUUAUUUGGGUUUGCGAUGGUGGAAAAAAUUCGGAUGGUGAAGAUGAGAUUGGUAGUGGUACCGAUGAUGAAACAAACGAUGGUGUCGUUGCGGAUGAUCAGACAAAUGAUAAACAAAAGCCAUCUGUCAAAUCCACAUCAACAAAAUAG